AUAUUUAUUUUUGAGAGAGACAGAGCACACGUGAGCACCAAGUGUGGGAGGGGCCCAGAGAGAGGGACAGAAGAUCUGAAGCAGGCUCCGCACUUACAGCAGUGAGCCUGAUGUAGGGCUCAAACUCAUGAGUCGUGAGAUCAUGAGCUGAGCCAAAGUCAGACACUCAACUGACUGAGUCACCCAGGCGCCCCUAAUUCACAUUUGUGAAGUCUUUGGAAUCCACUUUCAUAAAACCUCAAUAUCCUACAAUUUAAGUAGUUAUUAAAAUUUCAGUUCAGGAAAUUUCCUAGUCUUCCAACAUUGCUUUCCCUUUACAGACAUGAGACCCUGAUCUCUGAGACCAAAGAUCAGAUUAUUUCUCAUCUGUUUUCCCUCUGGUGAAAUCUGAAGCAUUUGAAAAUCCAUCAAACAUCUACAAUGACACUCAGGCUUUUUCCUGAUCAUCAUGACUUGAGAGAUGAAGUCCGAACACCAGAAACAGUGGUCAUAGCAAUAGUUACUAGGAUCAUUCUGAAUUUUAAGAUUUUUAUCUUUCUUUUUUCACUUAUAUUUCUAGCAUGUAAUUUUCCAUGCCAUUAAAUUACUUACAAGCAUGAUAAUGUUUAAUAGCUGCAUAAUAUCCUAAGAAAAUAUAAUUUCUUAACAUUUUCUCUUUUUUGGACAUUGAGGUUUCCAACUUUUAGUUGUUAUAAACCACACUGCAGUGAAAAACUUUAUCUUUUGGAUUAUUUCCUAAGCAAAACGCUCCCCCAAAAGGGCAAGCAUUAGUUUAAAAAGCAUAAAAAUGUUUUUAGUCCUCAAUAUGUGCCGUCAACUGAUUUUCACCAAUAGUGUGGGAGUACCUAUUUCACUAUACCCUCACCAGUCCUGGGUAGUCUUAAAAUAGGGGGAAAAUUGUGACUAAAUUGAUGGAUGAAAUGGUAUCUAACUUUAACUUAUUGGAUCACUGAGGGGGUUCAAUCCUUGCCCAUUUUCCCCCCUUCAUCUGUGAAUUUGUUUCUCUUUUUAGAUGUUAAUGCUUUAUUUAUUUGUUCAGGCUCUAUAAAAAUAUAAAUUUAUCAUCUGUCAUCUUUAUGGUGGAUAUUUUUCCUGGUUUUUGAAAUUUGCCUUCAACAUCUAUUCACCAUACAUUUAUCUAAGCCUCCCCAAGGUGCCAGGCACUUGUCAAGUAUCAAUGAUGGAACAGUCACAGCCCCUGCCCUUAAUGAUCUCAGGCUUAAUAGGGGGAGGCAGGCAGGUGAGCCAUGAGUGCAAUAAGGCUUUCACAGUUUCCAUUAGAAUUGUGAACAGUCGGGGCGCCUGGGUGGCGAAGUCGGUUAAGCAUCCGACUUCAGCCAGGUCACAAUCUCGCAGUCCGUGAGUUCGAGCCCCGCGUCAGGCUCUGGGCUGAUGGCUCAGAGCCUGGAGCCUGUUUCCGAUUCUGUGUCUCCCUGUCUCUCUGCCCCUCCCCCGUUCAUGCUCUGUCUCUCUCUGUCCCAAAAAUAAAUAAAAGCGUUGAAAAAAAAAUAAAAAGAAAAAUUGUGAACAGUCUCCAGUGGAUGCACCAAAAGAGGUGAGCAGUCAAUUCUACAUGUGGGGGCCAGGAAAGGCUUCACAGAGGAGAUGAUUCUCAACUGAGUAUUGAUGCUCAAUAAGUGAGUAGAGUAACAAAGGACAAGGUGGGAAAAGGCAUUCCAGGCAGAGAGAACACGCACAAACAAGGCCAGAGAGCUGGUUGGUUAGGGGAACAUCAGUAGUUGGGAUGGACUAGGAAGUAAAAUGUCAAGCAGGUCCUAAGGAACAAGGGGCUGGAGAGACCGCAGAGCUCACAAUUUAAAAAGUUAUAAGUGACUUGAGAUGUUCGGCAAAGUCACAUUAAGCUUUUCCUUACUCCUCUUUUACAUAAUGAAUAAACUGAGACAGUCCUUUCUGCAGGUUUUAUUCUUAUUUUAAGGUUUUAUUCUUACCUGUGUUUCCUUUGUUUCCAUUUUGAACACUUUACUUGUUAUAUUUAACUGUUUAAUCUGGAAUUGACUUUGGUAUAUGAUAGCAAGCCUCAUCUGGAUCUUUCUUUCAGUUUUAAUGUUCAGCGCAUCUAUAUUGUUCAUUAAGCUUCUUUCUAUAACCUUAUUUUGCCAUUGAGUAGAAACAGGGAAAGCUGAAUAUCUAAUAAGAUGUAUCCCCAGCCGGGGACAAUAGGAAGGGAAACUAAAGAAAUUUCACUGGGGUUUGCUCUUGUACUGAGCUGUGUUAAACAUUAUAGGUUCAACUCACAGCCACUCAGGAUCCUGGCUCCCGGAGCACCACUGCUACUUUGUAUUUAUAGAUGACACAUUUCUAAGGAGCAAACGUGUUUCCACAGAGAGUAAUUUACUCUCAUGACAAGUGAAGGUGGGGAGAUGGAGGAAAAAUAUGUCACAGGCAGCUUGAUUUAUUUACUCCUCCCAGAAAUUAGGUGGAGUCGCGUUUGUUUGUUUUGCACCCUGAUGCUGGCUGAAAACCCAGUGGGCCUGGCAUCUCUUCUCCGUACAGUAUAGGCCAGAUGCUGGGCUGGGAGCAGAGAGCUGUGAUUUGUUAGAAAGGCAAGCACAGAUUGGUUCUCCAGUCCCUCAGAUCUCCCUGUUCCUUCACGGCAUUCUGAAGACCUGUCCACCAAUCACGGGGCUGCUUACUGGAAAAAGCAACUGCUGGAGAGCGCUGGGAGUCCCUAGCAACACUCCGAGGCUUUUGAAUCUGAGGGUGAACGGCUGUGUAGUCAGCCGAUAGUGGAGGAGAGCAGCACCUAUGCCUCAGGAAGAAAAGGCUGUCAGGAUGGACACUCCACAUACUGAAGAACCCUUCGAUAAGAAAGACAAAAAACCAGAAAAGCAGGAAGAAGAGAUGGAGUUUAAGGAACUGGGCGGUCUGAGGGAGGCCUUGGCAAAUCUCCGGGGACUGUCCGAGGAGGAGAAGAGUGAGAAGGCCAUGCUGUGCUCCCGCAUCCAAGAGCAGUCCCAGCUCAUCUGCAUCCUGAAGCGGAGGUCAGAUGAGGCCCUGGAGCGCUGCCAGAUCCUGGAGCUGCUCAACACAGAGCUGGAGGAGAAGAGGAUGCUGGAGGCUGAGAAGCUGAAGGCCAUGAGCGAGCAUGCCCAGAAGCUGGAGGAACGCUUUAUGACCCUGGCAGCCAACCACGAGUUGAUGAUCCGCUUCAAGGACGAACACAAGAGUCAGAACGUCAAGCUCAGGGAGGAGAAUGAGAAACUGAGGCUGGAGAAUGACAGCCUCUUCAGCCAGGCUCUGAAGGACCAGGAGGCCAAAGUGCGCCAGCUCACCGCCCGCAGCGAGGCCCUCUCCAAGGAGCUGGAGACCCUGAAACAGAGGUGUACUCGGGAUGCCUGCCAGGCACAAGCCAGAGAGAAAGAGCUGCUGGAACUGCAGAGCCGGCAGGCCUGUGCCCACGCCAAGGAGACAGAGCAGCUGCACAGCCAGCUGCAGAGCCUCCAGCAGCAGCACCAGCAGAUCACGGAGCAGAUGGCCUCGGCGGAGCAGGCUCACGGCAGCCUGAAGCAGGAGCUGCAGGCCAGACUGCAGACGGUCACUCGCGAGAAAGAUGAGCUGCUGCAGCUGUCCAUGGAAAGGGGCAGGGCGCUUCAGAGCAAGCAAGCGGAGAUCCGCCAGCUUGAGGAGAAGCUGGAGACAGCAGAUGUGGCCAGGAGGCAUGCGCUACAGAGGUUUGAACAGGAGGCUGUGGCCGUGGACAGUAACUUGAGAGUACGAGAACUUCAGCGCAGGAUCGAUGGGAUCCAGAAGGCCUAUGAUGACCUCAGGCUGCAGUCUGAAGCCUUCAAAAAGCACAGCCUGGGCCUUUUAAGCAAGGAGAGAGAACUCAACGCCAAACUCCGCCAUCUCUUCCCAUAGGAAGCUUCUGUUUCCUCUUUCCUCUAGUUGAAAUAUUUGUGCCUUAGCAUUAUGUGUAUUAUACUUUUAAGCACAAUAGGAAGAAGAAAAGCUGCUUUACUAUGAUCUUGUGGUUAUUACUAUUGUAACGCUAACACUGAUUUUCAGUCCUACCACCUAGAAUACACAAGAUUUACCUGA